AUGCCCGCAACUCGCAAGACUGCUGCCACAGCUGCACACUCACUGCCUGCGCCGGCCACGACAGCACAGCCGCCUUCGAAAAAGAGGAAAAUGGACACCGCCGAACAAAAGUACUAUGCUGUUCGUGCUGGACACAAGCCUGGCGUGUACACGAGCUGGGCCAUUUGCCAGCAGCAAAUCUCUGGGUUCAAAGGAGCCGCUUUCAAAUACCUUGCUGACGACGCCGGCCUAGUCAAAUCCUUCGUUUCCUACGAAGAUGCCUUAGCCUUCGCCGAGGGCCGCGACCCGCCCUCGAUGGCCAAGGCAAAGCCCGAUCGGUUCUAUGGCGUCGCUGUCGGACGCAAACCCGGCGUGUACACUGAGUGGGCCAAAGCGCAGGAGGCAAUUGUUGGCUGGAAAGGACCCAAGUACAAGAAGUUCGAUACGCGAGAAGCAGCGGAAGAGUUUGUCCGUACCUACGGUGCGGCCACGUCUACACUUAUCCUUUCCGAGGCCGAUGGUGAGCAGCAGGCUUUGGAGCCGCCAUCCAAGAAGCAGAAGCAAGCAGAGAAGCCCCCACCUCCGCGCGGCAAUGUGCUGGUCGUCUACACGGACGGCAGCAGUCUGGGCAACGGCAGAUCCGGCGCCUCGGCAGGCGUAGGGGUUUACUUUGGACCAAAUGACCCAAGAAAUGUCUCGGAGCGACUGGAGGGCCCAGUCCAGACGAACCAGAGGGCUGAGUUGACGGCCAUACUCCGCGCCCUCGAAAAGGUCGAUGAGACCCAAGACAUUGAGCUUCGCACCGACAGCAAGUAUUCCAUUCAAUGCGUCACCGAGUGGUACAUCAACUGGGAAAAGAACGGGUGGAUGACAAACGGUGGCGCAGUCAAGAACCAGGACCUGGUCCGGGCUAUCCGCGCAAAGCUUGAACAGAGAGAACAGAAGGGGGGCCUGACGCAGUUCAUCUGGGUCAAGGGCCAUAAUAAUGAUGCAGGAAAUGUUGCCGCAGAUCAUUUGGCUGUUGAAGGCGCAAGGAAGUGA